CUAAAUUAUGAACUUACUAUACAUUUUAGGAUUACUUGGUUUACUAAAAUGCACAAUUCUGCUAUAUUUUGUAUGAAAAUUGUUGAGACCUAGUGCAGAUUUAAGAAAUAUGGAAAUGGAUCAUAGGUAUUCAUUACAGAAGCAUCAGGCGGAAUAGGAAUAUAAUUAGCAAUUAAAUUUUCAAAGGAGGGAUUUAAAAUAAUCUUAGUUGCUCUGAGCGCGUUCAAAAUUAGAGGCAGUAGAGUAGCAAUGGCAAACGAAAUCACUUAAUUUAUGGACAAUAUAUCACUUGAAAGGCUAAUUCAGGAGGUAGGUGAGAGGGUUGUGAGUACAGUAAUAAACAAUAUAGGUGUAGAUGCUUUCAGUAGUUUCCAUGUGAUUUCAGAUGAAGUUAUCUACAAAACCAUUAAAGUGAAUUGCUUAUCAGUGACAAUUUUAAUUAAAAGGUUUAUCCCCCAACUGUUAAGAGGGAGAUCAUAUAUAUCUGCAAUAUUAAAAUGUGACUUCUCUGGCAAGGUGAAUUCCAACUCCCUUUUUCAAUUUAUAUAAUGAA